CGAAACUAAACCUCGUCGUUGUCGAACAGCCAAGGAGCCAUUAGAUGUCCAUUCCGGACUACAAAUGCCCCUGAGAGGCGGGAUGUAGUUCCAAGAAGGUUCGUCCCGCCUCAAAAAAUGACAUCAUUGCGAUUUAAAGUGGGCAGGGCAAUGUGCACAUUCACGAACUUAAUUCUACGAUUUAUCUCAACUCAAAUCAAACAAGACAUCCGUUCAUCCAUCUAAAGAUAAUUCAAUUGUGAAAUCCUCGGAAUCCUCAAAAUCCCCAUUCCAACCUUCAAUCCCAACUCCAACCUUCAAUCCCAACACAAAUCAAUCCAACAUCACCAUAAAAAAUGGGCUUCUUCGCCGCAAUAUUAAGCCUCAUAAGCACUGGUCAAAUCGCCUUUACAGGAUAUAAUCUCUAUCUCUCCUCAAUCGCCAUUCCCAAACUUCUCACCUACGAAAACAAAGCCAUCAGAGCCGCAAAAUAUUCCAACAUCGCCGAGGAACAACUAUUCAAAACACGAACCACGCAAGCUGCCAGUGUAGGAGCUGUAAGUCUUUUCGUUCAUUUUAUAACCUUACACAUUUACCCCUCAUUCUCAAUACGGUUGAUUUAACCUACCAAACUAACUCCAUAAAAGCUUAUUCUCACACUCUCAACCGCUACUCCCUUCCUCCUCUUAAAUUACACCAGUAGCACUAUUUUCGCACUCUCGACUGUUAAUCUUGCAGUGUUGCUUGGUACGAGAAAAUAUGUUGGGGAUUUCUGGAAGGGGAAACCUAAAAUGCCAAUUCCUGGUACGGGGGAUUUCAAUGAUGCGAUUGGCUUGACGAACGAGGUGAGGGAGAAUCAAUUGUUUUUGGCCAUGAGUUGGGUGCUUUAUGGGGUUUUGGGGUUGUUGGUUUAGGUGUGUGGGUUGGAUGGGAUGGGAAUGAGUGGGAUGGUGAGGGACGGGAUUUGGGGUUUUAAGGGGCAUAAGGGAAUUGGAGUUUAUGGGUGCAUA